GAUGCCUAUUUUGUCACAGUUCAUGAGAGUGUUGUUGCUUUGUGUGCUUCACACACAAGCGUAUCCAAUUACCAACAAUAAUGAUGCAGCAUUUGUGCAAUUUGUGGCGGACAACAAUCCAAAACUGAUUGAAGUCAAUAGCAACGCCGCCCAAAAUGCCGCCAUCUCGGAUGACACAAAUACUUUGGCUGACAAUAGACCAAAUUUACGCGUCGAUGAAACACAGUUAGCCGAAUAUACGGAGCACUCGCAAGCCGAGGAUGGCGGUAGCAGCAGCUCAGGCGGAUUUAGGAUAUCGCUUCUACCAACUCAAGAAAAGACUGCUGAGUCAGUUAAUUUGGAACACGAAGGCAUACCAUCAAAGAUACUCAGCACAUAUGACAAGACUCAGAAGAAGGUGACUGAUUUGACGAAUCUCGAACCCAUUGUGGACACAAUCAGUGAGCAUGAAAAAUAUGGUAAUAACGGUGAUAUGUUCGAUGGCAUAGCGCGGUCCAUUGUGAAUGGCUACGAAGCUUUCUCGAAUCUCCUCAAUACUUUGAUACAAAAGCCUAAAGAUCUCGCUCGCUCUAUUUCGAAAGGCAUCACAGCGCAACUAGACAUUAUUGGUGGAAAAAUUGUUGGAUUAUAAAAAUAAUACUUACUUAUCUGCGUAUUUUAAUUUAAUUUAGGAUUAACAGAAUUUGU